CAUCAUUCUCGAUCAUGUUUAGGACCGGGCAACUUGAUUAAGCCCAUAUAUACUAUUUUCAUUUGUUUUAAUUCCUUUCAAUUGGUUAAGUAUGAUAAUUUUCUUUUUAUAAGUUCAAGACAAAAUAACAGUAUGAAGAGAGUAAACACAACAAAACCUCCCCACCAAAACACACAGCAAACAAGUUCUCAAUACCAAAAGGCUCAACAAACAAAACAUCUGUAGCAAGAUUGGUCUUAUUAAUCGUCAAAAAAAAAAAAAAAAAAAAAAAAAAGACAAUGAAAAAGGAAACAAGUGUUGGAAACGGAAGGAAAAGUAAAAGUGUUGGAAAUUUUUUUUCUUUCUUUUUUCUAUUUGUGUGUUUAAGCAAAACAAAUUAUUGAAGUGUUGGAGUUGAUGAGAUUUUCCAGAUUGGUUUCAUCUCGUUCUUGGUACAUUUGUAAAUGUUGUUGGGUGUCCAAACAAAAUGUUGUUUUUCUAAAAUUGGGUCAUGGUAUUGGGUGUUCAGAAAUAGUUUCUGGGUGUUCAUUGCACAGCCCAGCCCAUGAACUCUUGUUGGAAGCCGAGGCAAUUGACAUUGACGAGCGCUUGAACACUUCGGGCACAAUAAAAAUUUAAAAAUAGAAAUCAAAAAACAAAAAGACCCUCUGAAAAUGAAAGCGUUAACCCAAAAACCCCAACUUUGAAGUACCUCGGGGAAAAGAGAAGAGGGAGAAGAGAGCAGGGAGAAGAGAGAAGAGGGAAAACAAUGUCGGGCUUCCCAUUCGGAUCCUCCUCCUCCGCUUCUUCUCAGUUUACGCCUUUACCAUUGACCAAACCUCCUGUCAUUUCCCCCGCCACAUCAACCGGGUUCUCAUGGUCCUCCGCCCCAGCUUUCGGGUCCUCUAGCCCUAGCUCCGCCGCAGCCCAUUCUUUCGGAUUCAGGUCCUCAGCAGCGACCUCCGCUCCAUCAUCCUGGUUUUGCUCCUCGGCUUCAACUGUAUCGGCAUCCAGUUCACCCCUGAUUGGCUCCGCUUCCGCUUCCGCUUCAUCUCGGUUUAGCUCAAUUUCCUUCACACUCAGCGCACCCUCUUCCCUGUUCUCAUCUUCCACUGUUUCUUCAACACCCUUGUUCAGCUCUGCUUCGUCGUCUUCAGCUUCAACUACACCCUCAUUCCCACGCUUCUCCUUCCAACCAGCCUCGCGUCUUUCAAAGCCAACAACCUCAACACCCAUCACUGUUACUCCACCAGCAACGGCUUCAAGCUUCUCGUGCGCACCAUCCACUUCCUUUGGUUCACAACCCUCUUUCGUAUUCUCCGAUACCGCCUCAUCACCCGCCCCCAUUUCCUUCGCAAAACCCACCUCACAGUCCUUCUCAACUCGUUCUGUUCCAUUGUUUUCUACAGUCACCACCACAAGCGUUUCUUCGACUCCAGCUGCUAGCACUACAACCAAAGCCUCUUUCUCUAUGCCGAGAUUCGGUGCGACUCCUACGACAAGAUUUCUUAGGAAGAAACAAACACCUGUAGCUGCAAUGACAACAACUCAGACAUCAACGUCACUUGUUGAGUCUUCAACUAGUGGGACAACUUCUACUGUCAGCACUAAAAUAUCUACUGCACCAAAAUUACCUUCUGAGAUCACAGGGAAGACUGUGGAGGAGGCUCCCCUUACUUCUUUCAAGCAUGAAACUUCAUAUCCUAUUACCACAUCUGGUCCUUCAGCUACAUCUGAUUGCUCCAAACUUGUGGAGCAAUCUACACUUGCUGCUGAGGUCCAGACUUCUAAUGCCAUCUCUCCAGUACAACCCUCAAGUCUGGAUUUUGAUGCUCUAGAUCUGGAAACUCAAUUGGCGUUAAUAUGUGGAGGCUCUUCUAGUUCUGGCUUUACUCCCAGCGUCAAUGCUGAACAAGCCAUUUCUAGGAUCAAGCUCUGGCAAGCCAAGGAUUUUGCUGUGGAAGAGGGCCAUCAAUCUGUGGGGGAACUCAUCAAUAAUUUACAAAUUUUGGCUGAAGAGAAUCUCAUCCCCAAGUCUAUUUUCAGUUCUGGAGUCACUUCAGCUCAAGAGUUUCAACAAGCUGCAGACUUAUGGGGAACAAUUCACACUUCCUUCGAGCAAGCUAUCACCUGUAGAAAUGUCUAUAAAAGAUCUACUGAAAAUUUAGAGAAAGAUAGAUCUCAAUGCUUUGCUCAGGACUUCGAAUUGCAGUAUCUCAAAAAUGAAGCUCAAGAGGUAGAAGCCGAGAUUGCCAAAUUGCAAACACAACUCAAGGCCAUCAAGACCAAGGAAAAGGAAGUACGAAUUAAAUUGCAACGUAACCUUAGAGAUGCUUGGGAGUUGCAAAAACAAAUCACCACUGCCCAACCUGGAUUGGAGGAGUCUCACGCAUUAAUUCUGAGAGGAUCAAAAUUGAGAGCAGACAUGGAUGCCAAGUUUAGAGUUUUGAAAGUUAUUUUAACGGGUAUUCUGCUGAAUUGCCCCCUGAACUUGUACGUAAUGCUCAAUUUACACCCUGACCUUUUUUUUUAGCAAAUUAAAGGCUCGAAUUAAAUUGUAUUAUCAAUGUUCCCCCCACCGUCAAAAUUCGAACAUUUCAUCCAUUAGUCCGUCUAUUUGACCCA